UCCCCAGGUCUCUGCGUGCUCUGGGAUGGCGCUGUGGAGCCCGUGGUGUCGUGCAAUGGAAAGAGGUUUUUGGACCUGUGUUCAGAUCUCAUUUCUUAUACGUCUUCUCGACGCGACCUCAGGCAAUCAACUUACAAGCAUUUUUUAAUUGCCAUUUUUUAAUGUGUCAGAACUGGCCAGGUUUGGAGGGAUUCAGUCCAGUCGAUAAUUAUUAAAUGCCUGAUCUGAGCUGGACACUGAUAAGCGCUGAGGACACAAAGAAAGGCAAAAACAGUUCCUGCUCUCAAGGAGCCGACUACUGAUGGGGAGACGACUUGCAAACAAAAUAAUCAGCAGAGGGAGCGAACUAGAAUUAAGAGGGAGCGGAUCAGGCUUCUUGCAGGAAGUGGGACUUUAGCUGGGACUUUAAGGAAACUGGGAUCUUGCGGUGAGGGAGCGGCUCCCGGAACGCAGAGCGCGUGGCCAGCCAAUGAUGAUAGCGCUCAGAACUGGAGGGCCGGGGGCAAAGCUUUGCCAGGCCAGUUUCCCAGGAUCCCCGAGUACGUUAAGACUGGAAAAGUAGGAAGGGGCCAGGUUUAAAAGGAUUUUAAAACCAAAGAGAGGUUUUUAUAUUUGAUAUUGGAGACAGCUGGAGUGGUCAGAAUAGUAAUUGAGUAGAAAGUCCGACUUUCCCUUUAGGAAGAAAAGUUUUGUUGCCGAGUGGAGGAUGUUUAGGAGUGGAGAAGCAGGGAGGCCAACAAGCAGAAUUAUUAAAAUAAUUGAGGCGUGAGUGAAGUAGACCUGCUUCUGCACUCAGUUGAGAGGAGGUGUAUAAGAGAGAUAUUAGAAGACAGAAACGACAGGACUUAAUAAAAUGUGGCGGUUGAAAGGACUUGAGGAUGACAUCCCUAUUUUGUCUGGGUGAUUUGUUAUAGGGGGAGGGGAAGGACAGGUUGAUGGGAAAGAUGAGUUCAGUUUUGGACAUGCGGAGUUUAGGAAGUCAGAAAGACAGUUGGAAAUGUGAGCCUGGAGAACUGGACAGAGGUUAGGGCUAAAGUAGAUCCGAGAGUCAUCUGCAUAGAGAGAAUAAUUAAAACCAGAGGAGCUGAUGGGAUCACUGAAUGAAAUAGUAUAGAGGGAGAAAAGAAAGAGAACCCCAGAUAAAAUAUAUAAAUACAAAAGUGCCUUACUUUCUGUUGUAUAUUUCUAGUAUAUACUUUGUUCAAAGAUUAGGAGAUAUAAAAUAAGCAUGCAGAAUGUAAAUACACAAAAUCAAUACAAAGUUGUUUGGGGAAGGCUCUUCUUGGUUUUGCAAAGUCCUGUAUAAUUUAUUACAUUUGAUUCUCUCAACCCUGGGAGGUAAGUCCUAUUAAUAACCUUAUUUUGAGCCAGGCCUAGAGAGGGGAGGUUCUAGGUUCAAAUGUGGCCUCAGACACUUCCUAGCUGUGUGACCCUGGGCAAGUCACUUGACCCCCAUUGCCUAGCCCUUACCACUCUUCUGCCUUGGAACCAAUACACAGUAUUGAUUCCAAGAUGGAAGGUAAGGGUUAAAAAGAAAAAACAACCUCAUUUUAAACAUGAGAAAAUUGUGUCUGGGAAAGGUUAAGAGACUUGACCCAAGGUCACACAGCUAAUAAAUGUCUGAGGUGGAAUUUGAACUUGGGUGUUCCUGACUCCAUAUCCAAUACUAUGGACAGUUUCACCUCACAGGAUUAAGUUGUAAAAAGACUUAAAAUACAGUGAAGUUUGCAUUUAAUCCUAAAAAUAAUAAGGAGCCACUGGAGUUUAGAGAAUGGAUUAGUAUGGGAAGGCAGAGAAAUCAGUCUCAAGUUAAGAAGCUAUUGCAAUAAUUCAUAGUAGUGGUUGUUUGAGAUGAGGCUCUGAGGUUCACAGCUCAAUUUGAGGAAAGAGAGCUGUGAGAGUUCUGAGAAAAGAGAUGGUUUGAUACUGAUGGAAUGAGAUGGGGAAAAUCAGGGAGAAGUAAAGUUAUUUCCUUGCUAUAGUGAACACUUGGGUGAAAUUGGGUAGCAAAUGUUUAGUGGAUCCAGUCAGCUUGGAUUCAUGACUUCGUUCAGCUAUUUUAAUCAACAAAUGAUAAGAGCAGUUGUGGCUAAUUGUGAGAGUAAUCCAGGAUUGGGGUUUGGCAGGGGAUAGGACACAAGGCAUUUGAGAGCAUAAGAUAGUUUAAUAGGUCCACUAUCAAGUUAAGAUUGAAGAGUAAGGAGAGGGUAGCCAGAGGCAGUGAUAAUGGCAUGGGAAAGAACUGUGGAGCAGAAGGAUGGGAAGUUGCUGUGAAGGUAAAGGAAAAAUUAGGAGAAAGGCAUGAUAGAUGGAAUGAUAGAAUAUUAUGAUAAAUUCUUGAUUAAGAAAGUGAAAGAGUUUGGGGUUUGUUAAUAAGCUCCUUGAGGGCAGGGACUGCCUUUGUUCUUUUUGUAUCCCCACUACUUUGGCAUAGUGCCUGGCACAUAGUAGGUGAAGCAAGGUCCAGAGUGUGAUCAUCCCAGUGUGUAUCUAGGUGUAGUAGAAGAGUAAAUAAAUAGAUUAUGGUAAUUGAGAAGCCUGUGAUUGAUCUUAAAGGAAACAAGGGUUUUUAAGGAACAUUGUUAAUUGACCAUUGUAAGUUGACCAGAGAGUAAUCAUGUCCUAUCCUAAGUACCCUCAGGUGCCAGUGGUCAGAGAUCUCACCAGUACAGCAAUCUCCUAUGUUCAUGUGUUUUUGCUGGCACAAAUGAAAUGACUUUGUUUCUCUCCAGGGAGAGCCUCAAACUAAAUUUGAUGAUGUCUCAUUUGUGUGAUUUUUUUUUCAUGUUACUUUAUGCCUUUGUUUUAGUUUAGCAAAUAAUAUUCUCUCCCCUUGGUAGUUACUUUGGAAUUUAGAAAUCAGUUUCUAAGAAGAAAGAAAUUAUUAAAAUGUAGAUGGGUUAUUGUUAGCUUUUUUUUUGCUUCUACUAAUCUGAGAUGUCUUAAACUAAUAUGAAUUCCUUUUGAUUUCCUGUUCUGCUAACACCAUAAAUGUAUUGUUUAAUUGAAAUGUCAUGUAAUGCAAUUUUAAGUGAAAACAACAUACCCAUUGAAGUCAUAGUAUUGAGCUGAGUUUCUUCUGUGAAUGGUCAAGAGAGAUCUGUUGACAAUUGCAUUUUUUGCACUCUCUGGGCUGGAUAUGUUGGAUUCAUUAGAUGUGGUGAACAAAGAUGAUAUCAUAGAAUGGAUUUACUCCCUGCAGGUUCUUCCCACAGAAGACAGAUCAAAUUUAAAUCGCUGUGGUUUCCGAGGCUCUUCAUACCUGGGUAUUCCAUUCAAUCCAUCUAAGGAUCUUGGCAUAGCUCAUCCUUAUGACAGUGGACAUAUAGCAAUGACUUAUACCGGACUCUCAUGCUUAGUUAUUCUUGGAGAUGAUUUAAGCAGAGUAAAUAAAGAAGCCUGCUUAGCAGGAUUGAGAGCGCUUCAGCUGGAAGAUGGAAGUUUUUGUGCUGUACCUGAAGGUAGUGAGAAUGACAUGAGGUUUGUCUAUUGUGCUUCCUGUAUUUGCUAUAUGCUCAAUAAUUGGUCAGGCAUGGACAUGAAGAAAGCCAUAGACUAUAUUAGAAGAAGUAUGUCUUAUGAUAAUGGACUGGCACAGGGAGCUGGACUAGAAUCUCAUGGAGGAUCAACUUUUUGUGGCAUUGCAUCAUUAUGUCUGAUGGAUAAAUUAGAAGAAGUUUUUUCUGAAAAAGAAUUAAACAGGAUAAAGAGAUGGUGUAUAAUGAGGCAACAGACUGGUUAUCAUGGACGACCCAAUAAGCCUGUAGAUACCUGCUAUUCUUUUUGGGUGGGAGCAACUUUAAAGCUACUGAAAAUAUUCCAAUAUACAAACUUUGAGAAAAACAGAAAUUAUAUCUUAUCAACACAAGAUCGCCUUGUAGGUGGAUUUGCCAAGUGGCCAGAUAGUCACCCAGAUGCUUUGCAUGCAUACUUUGGAAUCUGUGGUCUGUCACUGAUGGAGGAAAGUGGAAUUUGCAAAGUUCAUCCUGCCCUUAAUAUAAGCACACGGACUUCUGAACGCCUUCAAGAUCUCCAUCAGAGCUGGAAAACCAAGGACUCUAAACAAUGUUCAGAGAAUAUGUAUAUUUCUACGUGACUGAUUUGGAGUUUGUGGGAGGGAAAUAAGGUCAAUAAUUAAUAACAUAUUAUUUAGACUAAGGCUAAAAGCCAUGCAUAACCAAGUGUGCUCUAUUUUUUUUUAAGGGAUAGAGUCAUACAAUCACAUCUUAUGCUGGUGUACUUUGGAAUGUAGUUUUGAACUUAGCCCUUUGCACUGUUAUUCAAGAAUGUUUCAUUUGUGUUGAUGCUUGUCACUGUAGAAUCUGAUGCUUCAAGUGUCUUAUAUUUCUUAGAAAUCCCUUGAGGCAAAUGAAUUAUAUGUGUAUUUGUUAAUUUUUUAAAGAAGUUUUCAAUACAAACCAUGUCAAAGUGCAUUAAUCAAAAAGUAUCUUCAAAACAAGUUUACACUUCAUAUAACACCAACAUCCUUCCAGAAACUACGUAAUGGCCUUUUGCAAAAUUUAAUUUAUCUGUAGUAGAUAGGUUUGGAAUUAUAUGAUGUUUCUGAGAAUUAUUCUUUGAAAGCAGAGUUGUUACUGAAUUUCUUAAAUGGGGUAUUCUACUCUGUCUUUAAGUUGGUGUUUUACUUAAAAAUGAUAGGUUCUACUUAAAAAAAUUCAGUAACAGUUUUGCACCAACAAAAAGUAGGCUCAUUAAUUAUUGUGAGAGCUUUAGAGAUUAUUGUUAAAAUACCAUAAUUAUGAAGUUUUUACUUGAACCAUAGUAGAGUAAGAGGGUAAUAGAAAUUGAACCACGUGCAGUAUGAGAGGGAUUUCUACUAAGCAUAAUUUCUUUAGGCAGUUUUGUUAAGGUAAGGUGCAGAAUGUGGAAGAGUUCCCAGUUAUUUUGGUUUUAGUUUCAAAAUAUUUGUUCCCUUUUGCCUUACUAGGAAAAUGGAAUAAUCUUCUUAGAAAAAUAAGAUUUUAAAGUAACUAGAUAUUAGUUUUGAUAAUAUAUAACAAUGCCAUACUUGAAAUUCAAAAUUUUAUGGUUGUGAUAUUUUUGGCCACUUGGGUUUUCAUUGAUUUUUUUUCCUUUAAUCUAUUUGGGACCAGCAAAUGGUACUUCCCUGGUUUAAUUCAUUACAUAAGAAGUUGAAAACUACUUUUUCUAUAAUAUAAACAUUGGCUCCUGGCAUGGUGGAUACAGAACUGGACUUGGAAUUGGGAAGACUUGAGUUCAAAUCCAACCUCCAACACUUAACUCUUAUGAUUGUGGAAGUCAUUUAACUAUUGUCUGCCUCACUUUCCUCAUUUGUAAAAUGGGGAUUAUAAUAGCAUCCAACUCACAGGAUUGUAGGGAAGAUAAGAUGAGAUAGUAUUUGUAAAGUGGUUGGCAAACCUUAGAUACAAUAUGAAUGCUAUUAUUAGUAAAUACACACAUUUAUGUAUAUGUACAUGCAUCUGUACAUGUGUGUAUAUGAUCUGUAUUUUUUGCUAAUGAAGCUUUUUGGAAAAGAAUGAAAUAGGGCACAGAGGCUGUGGAGCUUGAGAUGGUUAAGAAUUAUGUUGAUUGAUAAAAUGGUUAUUUUUUUUUUUGUUUUUUAAGGAAGAUACUGUCAUAAUUUGGCAUCUUUAUUUGGUGAUCACUUUUUCUUUAGUUUUUGUUUCUUCUAUACCCAAAGAUAGGAAAACAGAUUUAAGAUUGGGUAAGACUCCCUCUUCCUAUAUAAAUGGUUUCCUAGUUACUGGAAUUUAGGAAAGUAGGGUAUAUUUUAGAAAGCCUUAUAUUUUUUUCCUGCAUGUGAUCAGACUGUUAUAUUUUUUAUUUGCAGGGUCUUAGUGCAGUUUUAAGCUAUUACAUCUUAAAACUGCACUAAGACUUUGGGGAUAUCCUGCAUGGGUAACUAUUAUUUAAACAGAAUUACUUUAUCAUGCUCAGGUAGUGUUUGAUCAUUUUGUUUUCUCAACUUGGCAUCAAAAUUAACUUUUAAAUAAUAGCCUUCAGAAAAGCAUGCUAUAAAUAUAAAGAAAUGGUAUUGUAUGAAAAAGCAAAUUCUGGGUUAUUACCUUCACACUUAUUUUCAAAACUUAAUCACAUUUUCUUUUUUAUUUUGAAUUGGGAAAAUAAAAACCCUGAAAUGGUCAAGAAAAGGAAUGGCAACAGUAAAACUUGAUUCUAUUUUCUUAGAAAACUCUUUCAUUUAAAUUCUGUUUAAGGCAUUUGCUGGUAAAUCACAGUUAAAUAUUCAAGAUCUACUAAUGCUUUUCUACAUCAGUCAUUAAUUUCAGUGUAUGUAGGUAGAGUUGGGAGAAAAUUCCUAAAUUUAGUGAAAACGCAUAAAAUAACUUCUCUUUUUUUACUUCUGACAAUAUUCUUAGACAAAAAUUGAGAGAUUUCUAUGAUGAAAGAGCCUAAUUCUUAAGGUUUUCAGAAAGCUCUUUAAAUUCUCCCAUUAUACUUGAUUAGAAAUAUAAGCUGUGGUGAUUUCUUAUGUUGUUAAUGACUUUUUUUGUAAUUUUGCUUUUGUUAUUGGACCCAUCAAUAUUGACUUUCCAUAACAAUGUAUUAAAGGAGCACUAUUUGACUAAAAGUAA